AUGGCAGUAACUGAAACUUGGCUCACUGAUGAGAGCUCGGUUAUCAUCGGUGAACUCACUCCGCCAGGUUACUCAUUCCUGAAUGUGCCUCGAAUAGUCAGCUCCACUAUCCAAACCCUCAACUAUGGAGGGAUCAGCUUACUUUAUAAACUUCCACUUGGCAUGUUCUUUCAGCAUUCAGGCCACACUACCACAACGUUUGAACAUGCGUAUUUCACUAAUAUGAAACGUGAGAUAAACACUGUAGUCAUCUACAGACCACCUCCCUCGCCGAUGAACGGGUUUACCACAUUGCAGUUCCUGAGAGAAUUUGACGGUUUUAUCAGCGUUCUAGCCCUGAACUCACACAGACUCCUGAUUGUUGGUGAUUUCAAUCUGCACAUUGAUGCGCCUUCGCGCUCUGAUGUUUGUCAAUUCAUGUCGUCCGUGUCGGCGGUUGGCUUCAAACAAUUUGUGUCAAGUCCAACACACAGGAGUGGUCAUAUCUUGGACUUGGUCCUCAGCCGCCAGGACGAUAACCUAGUUCAGUCCUGUAGCGUUAAUGAGAACUUGUUAUCAGAUCACCAUGUGUGCUGCAAUCUUCAAAUUUCUAAACCUACGUACCCCGAUACUGUCCGCACUAUGCGGAACUUUCGUAACAUUGAUGUACCCUCGUUCACCAAGGAUAUUGCUGAUGCCAUUGAACCAUGCUUUCAUUCAUCAAACUUGAAUCAGCUGAUCUCUCAAUUCGGCACAUCUGUCACAGGAGUGCUUGAUCGACACGCCCCCCUUCAGACCCGUCACCGCAAAGUCAGAUUGCGGCAGCCAUGGUACAAUGCGGAUAUUCAUGCAGCCCGCAAAAUGAGGCGUUGGAGUGAACGGAUGUGGCGAAAAAGCCAUCUUGAAUCGCACUUCGCAGUCUUUAUGGAUUGGCGGAAACACGUCAAUUGCCUCAUUGAAGCAGCAAAACGAGCGUAUUUCGCCAAAGAACUAAAAAACGCUGACACUAAGAGCAUGUUUCGAACAGUUGGCACCCUACUCAACAAGGACAGCAAACCCCGCCCUUCAUCUGACUCAAGUCAGUCAUUGGCUAAUGACUUCAUCAACUUCUUCACAGACAAAAUAUCUACAAUUCGCAACAACCUGGAGAGUGAGGCUGGCCCAGUCCUACAUAUGCGAAACACAGGGGUGAUACCAGCUUUGGACUUUGAGAUCGCAUCCUGUGAAAAGAUUAGUCAAAUUAUCAGCUCUUUAGCCAAUAAAUCAUGCAGUCUCGACGUUAUUCCAACCUGGUUUCUAAAGGCUAACACUGAUUCAUUUCUUCCGAUUAUUACCCAUAUAGUCAACACAUCGAUUUCUACAGGUUCCUUUCCAGAUUCGCUGAAACAUGCUAUUGUCACUCCAAUCCUCAAAAAGCCGUCGUUUGACAUCAACGAACUUGCCAACUAUCGUCCGGUGUCGAACUUACCUUUUCUUUCGAAGGUCAUUGAAAAGGUUAUCGCUUCUCGCAUUACGACACAUGGAUGA